GCGCGCCGCGCCACCGCGCCUUGUGCAAUCCGCUGGCAGUACGCGUGAGUCGCGGUCGGCUAGCACACGCACGCAUCCAGCGCCGCACAGCUGCGGCGCCGCCAAGGCUUACAAGGGCCCAAAGCCCGCCAUCACCUGCACGCCGCGCGCACUGCUGAAAGCAACCACAACACCGCUCAGAGAGGGAUGGACUUCCGCGCAAGCAACGCCUACACGGGUUCCAUACAAGGCUACGUCUUCACGACGCGGAAUGGUAGAACGGGCUAUUAUGAGGACCCGCAGCAACCAAAAACGGACAAGACCAUCGACGCCAUUCUAGAGAAAGCGGACGACGAGGACAUCGAGGAAAUUGAUCAAGCGGCCGUGCGGAAGUUAUUAUUAACCCUAGAAAAGCGCAUCACGCGAAAUGCUCAGUUACGCGUCAAGUACGCGGACGAACCGUCGAAGUUUGUGGAGUCCGAGGUCGAUCUAGAUGACGCGAUCAAGGGUCUGGGCUUGUGUGCGGCAGCUCCCGAAUAUUAUGGCGAGUUCGCUCGGUUAGGUGGUGUCGGUUCGGUCGUGGGGCUGCUGGCGCAUGAGAAUGGGGACAUUGCCGCGUCGGCGGUCGCGUUGUUGUUUGAUUUGACGGAUGCGGACGAUGCGGUCGGUGAGGAAGCCAUCAAAGGUCAUGCCGCAUUCGUGGAGGCUUUGAUCAAGUGCGAAGGACUGGAGACGCUUUCGCAGUCGCUGGAGCGCUUCGACGAGGGCGUGCCGGAGGAAGCCCAAGCGCGGCACCACGCGUUAGGUGUCUUUGAACAUAUUAUCGAAGACGAGGAAGUAGCGAAGCGUAGUGCGCGCGUGCUGCAGACGUGGCUCGCGUCGAGAAUCGUAGCCAAAAAAGGCGACGACGCGGUUAAAUUGUACAGCGCCGAGGUUUUGUCGAUAUUAUGCGGGUCGUGCGCUACGAUACUCGCGACCCCGGAGACCAUCGAUGCGCUGCUCCGGGCCUGCGCCAAGUACCGACGCAAGGACCCCGAGGGCCCCGACGACGAGGAGCUCUUGGAAAAUCUCUUCCAGAGCCUGGCGGCGUUAUUGAGCGGCGCCUCCUCGACAGCAGUGCCCGAGUUCGUGAAAGCCGAGGGCGUCGAGCUCAUGCUGCGGUGUCUGAGCGAAGGGCGGGCGGCCGCCGCGCCUUCACUGAGAGUGCUAGCGGCCGCAUUGGAGCAUCCGCGCGACGAUGCGAUGGAGGAGGCCACGGGCGCGCCUCGAAGAGUGAUCAGCGCGGACGGCAUGCGCCACCUCUUUCCUGCUUUGAUGGGCCGCGGCGCGGCGCGCGGCGCCGUCGUCGGGGCCGCCGACCGGAGAGCUAAAAAAAGGCGGAAGCGGCGUAGGAACGAUGAUCAAAGAGCCCUCGACGAGCACGUCGUGGCCUGCGUCGCCGCGCUCUGCCUCUACGCCUCUCAGGAAAACGCGCCGGACGAGGCCCGCGCGCGCCUCGUGCGCAAGUUCCUGGAGAAGGACCAGGAGAAGCUCAAGAAGGUGCUGGAGCGGUACGGGGGCUACAUGCGCGACGUCGUCGCGAUUGAACGCGAGGGCGGCGCGGACCCGCUCCAGACGUUAGCGCGAGCGCUCGGCGCGGGCCUCCACGCGCUGCGGCUCUGCGGCGCGAUUUUGGCCUUCUGCGCGGUCUUCGCGCCGGCGGCGCGGCCGACGCUCCUCGAGGGUUUGGGGCGGGGCGGCGUCGGCGAGCUGGCGAACUGCGUUUCUGAUCUUGCGGCCGCCGUCCACGAAGAAGGUUCAGAGGGGGGCGACGGCGCGGCGGCGGCGCGCGCGGCGACGCUGCGGGUAUGGGCGGGGGCCGUCGCGGCGGUCGCACCUUCGUAAAUCUAG